AUGACCAUCAAGUUUCGAUCCCGUGUAUCAACGUUCCACGCCAGCCUGGAGUGUCUGGUAACUCCAAGAGUGACUGGGACAAUUCCAACUUCCAAGAUCGACAGCGCCCAUUGGAUGAUCCCAGAAGGACUGGUCCUAGCCGAUCCCAAGUUCCACAUUCCCGACAAAGUGGACUUGCUGAUUGCUUGGGUGGAUAAUAGCUGGCGUCAUCAUCGAACCACACAUGCAUCCAACGUUUCUCCCAUGUACGUCCACGCAUCGGUUGCAGACAUCGAGCGGAACAUGCAACAGUUUUGGCAAAUCGAGGAAGUACCAGACGUCCCCAACCUGUCGACCGAAGAGAUAGCAUGCGAAGCCCACUUCCUAUCUACCUACCAGCGUGAUGAAUCUGGAAGAUUCAUGGUCCAGCUCCCGUUCAAUAGUGAUCUUCCCCUCCUGGACGACUGUCGUGCUCUGGCCCUAAAGCGUUUUCUGAUGUUGGGGAAACGACUCGUCCGCAAUCCAGAACUUCGAAUUCAGUAUGUGGAUUUCAUCCGGGAGUACGAGGCUCUCGGUCACUGCCGAGAAAUCAUGGAAUCUGAAGACCCGCCCAACCAGCAGAGCUACUACCUUCCUCACCAUUCCGUACUUCGACCUUCCAGCUCGAGCACGAAAUGCCGUGUCGUGUUCGACGCAAGUGCCAAAUCUUCGCCGUCGCAUCUUUCGCUGAACGAGGUACUCCACGUCGGUCCAGUAGUGCAAAACGAUCUACAUCACAUCAUGCUACGAUUCCGUAAAUUCAAGGUAGCAUUUACCGGAGACAUCUGUGAAAUGUACCAUCAAGAAGCCCCACCGGAUCGUCGAUUCUUGCGCAUUUUCUGGCGAGAGCAGCCGUCGUUGCCUUUGCGCGUCUUGGAGUUGUGCACUGUCACCUACGGUACCGCAUCGGCCCCCUAUCAAGCAACCAGGUGCUUGGUACAGUUCGUCAAGGAAGAUGGCGAGAACUUUCCCAUCGCCGCUCGUAUUGUGAAGGAGGAGACCUAUAUGGACGACGUACUGUCAGGAGCUGACUCGGUGGAAGAAGCUAUCGUGGCCAGGUUUUCCUAUUCGAAAAUGGUGCUCUAA